CUUUUUUUUCAUUUUAGAAAACUUAAUAUGAUGAAAAAAAACUUUUAAUGCAGCCUGGUUUUAUAUCUUUUUUUUGGUGACUAAACUUAUCUUGUUUAGUUAUAAAUGUUAACAAAAACGUUUUAUUUGUUCAUAGAUAAUAUGCAAUGGAAGUAACUACAUCUCCAAAGAAUUCAAAUGAACUCACAGAGAAAAAUAUCAAAUUAGCUCAAUCUGCAAUAGUGCAAAGUAAUAAAUUAAAAUGUCUUAAAAACAGAUAUAACUCUUCAGCUCUACCAUCUUUAAAUGAAGAUAGUAUAGAAGUUAAAAAAUAUUUUAAUCGUAUUCAAGCUGAUAUUAGAUCGACUAAAUCUAUCAUCUCAAAACUCACAGAUACUCUCCUUAAUGUUGAUGAAGAAAUAAAAUCACUAUUAAAACUUCAAGAUAAUGUAGAGAAAGUUCUUGAUCAUAUUAGAAGAGAUUUGCUUUUAAAUGAAAAGUCAAUUAAAAUAAGAAAAUUGCGACCCCAAAAUGAAAAGGAUAGAGAUGCUGCAGAUGAUUUUCUUCUCAGUGAAAAAAGUAUUCUUCUACAAAUAAAAAAGUUGUCAGAGUUUCAGCUUAGAUCUAUCCAAAUCCAACUUCAGGUUCUUAGCAAUGCAAGAAAAAUAUUAAAUAAUGUUGUUUCAGAAUGUAAACAUUCUCUUAAUAUUAUUUCUCAUGGGGAAACUUUAUUGGGGUUUCCAAAUAAAUCCACACAAAAAACAAGUUGCAAUAUAGUUACUUAUUCUGGUAUAAACAAUGUUGGUGCAUACAUAUCUGAAGCCACACAAGCUAUUUCAAUGAGCUAUGAUGCCAUUAAGAGUUCACGACAAUUAAAGUCUACAGUUGUAAUCAAAAUGAAAGAAGUUACUGCACUUCAAAAUGGGAUACAUUCAAAUGUUAAUGAAUUUUUAAUGAAAAAAGUGGCAGAAUCCGAAUCAACAAAGAAACGUUUGCAAUGUUGGAAUGGAGAGAAUCUUAUUGCGUUGCAUCAUGACUCAAGAUGUCAGUUUAUUACUGAUAUUGCAAGAGGGCGAUCCUUGGGUCCAGUAAAUUAUACAGAUUUAACAUUGUCUGAGCGAAGUUGCCCAAUUCAUAGGAAUAGAACAAUACCAUUACUACCUGAAACUAGGCUACUUAAUGAAAAAAAUGCAGCACUAGAAAAGUACUUUGAUGCUAUUUCUAAAAACGUAGAGAUGCUAAAACUCACCCAGCAAAGAUUAAAAAAUGACAUUAGUGAUAAAAGGGCUGCUAUUCAAGUUGAUGCUUCUGUUGUUCGUUAUCGAAGACAAAAAAAUAAUCACUGGAAUGAUACAUCUUUUUUAUAAAAAUUAUAUAUAUAUAUAUAUAUAUAUAUA